UAACAUCCAAGCCAAAACAAGUCCUCACACCAUCUGAUAUCAAACCCUUACUUUCAGUUUUCUAAGAAAUACUAUACAGCCAGAUAUCCAUGGCUAUUCGUUUGCCCAGUAUUAUGCAUGCUAAGCACAUUCUCCGACGAUCAAACUCAUUUAGAAAGAAAGUAUCUUCGCCAUCUAUAGAUGUUCCAAAAGGCUACAUUACAAUAUAUGUAGGAGAGAGUGAAAGGAGGCGCUUCGUAAUUCCUUUAACAUUUUUGAACCAGCCUUCAUUUCAAGAAUUGCUAAGUAAAGCUGAGGAAGAAUUUGGAUUCAAUCAUCCAAUGGGUGGUCUCACAAUCCCCUGCAGUGAAGAGAUCUUCAUUGAUCUCACUUCUCACUUAUAUGAAUUGUGACAUGGCGCCACUAAGAUAAAACCGUAGAAACAAUUUUGUAAAUCCAUGUAAAUUCUUUAUUUCUUUUAGGCAGAAGAAGAGAUGAGGAAUGUCCAUUUACUAAGAAAAUUACUAAUAGAAUUAUUGCAGUUCCUCUCACAUUCUUCAGAAAAAAUGUGAAACUGUGAACACAUUUGAUUGAAAA